CAGUCGACCGGCGACGGCGGCGACUCCUCGGUCCAAUUGGCUCCGAUAAUUGCAAAUGGUCGUUUAAUAACAGAUGAUUGAACGCGUACCGCGGCGCGCGGCGUAGCAUUUAUCUGUCAAAAGCGGUGGCGGCCGGCCCGACGAAACGGUGAUGCGCCGCCGGCUGACACGCGUCCAUUGAACGUUGAACCGGCGAGGUGCUGGACUCGGGAACGCGUUUUCAUUUCUGACGACAACACAACGACGACACACGACGACGACGACGACGACGACGACGACGCGGCGCCAAGUGCGAGAGAGUGACAGAGAGAGCGUGACGCGAGUGAGCAUAGCGGGCGACCUUUGAAUAAUCGCGUCCGUUUGUUAUUAUGUGAUCGGUGAGUCGCGAGACAACGACGGAAAACGGGGAAGAAAGUCGAGAGAAAAUGCGGACCAACGUUUUCUGCUAUCUCAUCGUGGCGAUUCUCGCUGUUCUGUCGACGCUCGGCCGUUCAGAGAGCGACGAUGGAACGCAUUUGAAGGAGUGCGAUAUAUCGGCGCUUGAUAGCGAGCAGUGCGGUAAGAACCAGAGAUGUGUAAGCAUCAACAACGAGAAGUCGUGGUGCGAGUGCCAGCGAGAUUUUCAUUUAGUUAAUGGCGAAUGUAUUAGAAUUACAUCCGCGGCGGCGAGUAUCGACGCUACCACCCUUAAGCCAGAUCUUAAUUCCGAGUCAGGAGGAGGUAGCUCCGUAGCCGCCGGUCUACUAAUACCAACCUUCCUCGUAGUAGUCGGUGUACUACUGUAUUUCGGCGCGAGACGAUACAAAUGGCUGCAACGAUUUCGGCAGUACCGUCACAAUCGUUACGGCAAUGUCCUAGUCACGAGAGACGACGACGACGAUGACGAUCCGCCGAUAGCAUAAAUAAUAAAAGAGAAAGAGAAACAAAUUUUAUAAUGACGCGAACUGAUGCACACACCGCGUGUACAAAAGACGCACUUGACCAAAAGUUGAAACGCGAGGUUAAACAAGUGCAAUGUACGCUUUUCUUGAUAGUACAUACGUAGUUACGGGUGAUGAGUUCUAGUAGAGUUUGAUAUAUAUAUUUGAUCGGCGACACUUGUGUGUUUUACCUUUAGGAAAAUAUUACUAUGUAAUUUCAUGCAAGUAUCAGCAGAGAUGGUUCAACUACGAAAUGUAUGAGAGAUGAGAAGCGAGAUGAAUUACGAGGCCAAAUGCAAAGACGCACUCGCGCGAGUAAUUACGCUUUUAUAGACAGAAAUAGAUUAUUAUAUUUGUGGAUUGAUAUAAAAUAUAUGAA